CACACACACCCAUCUGCCCUACUCAUAUGGAACCAGUCUCAAACACACACUUUUGUCUCUCUGUCUCUCUGUCUCUCUCUCUCACAUACACACACACAAAUGCACACGCACACUGUGGACGCACAUGUGGUCCGAUGCAAUUAGCAGCAUGCGUCAGUUUGUGAGAGCAAGGGGGAUUCUAUUGGGAUGUGCAGCAGGGGGUGGAAGGGGAGGGCUGGGGAGUUCAGAGAGGCCUGUGACAUCAUCUCAUGGCUUAUAUAGUUAGGGAAUGGUCCAGAUCCUCUCAUGUUCCUGAGGCACACUGAACUCUACAUAUCACUCAAGGCAGAGCUGUUCCCAACAACUUUUAUUUUUACAAAUAUAUGGACUUGGCUUGGUAAAAUACCUGGAAAUGGCAGGGACAAGAUUUCAGCUGGUGUGUUUGAUGCUUCUUGCCUUCACCUGCACUGGGAUGUGCACAGAUACAGAAGAGGAAAUGAAAGCUCUAGAAACAGAUGUUCUGAGCAAUAUAUACUCAUCUAAGGUGAAUAAAGCAAGACUCUCAUAUUGGAAAAUGACUCUGCUAAAUGUGUGUGGUAUAAUAAACAAUUUAAAUAACCAAGCCGAGGAACCAGAAGAAACUGGUGAAGAAGAGCUUCUCUUAAGAAAACAAUACCCUAUGGAUGGUUUCAGUUUGGAAGCAAUGCUGACAAUAGUCCAGCUUCAGAAAAUUUGCCAAAGCAGAGUCUUGCAGCACUGGGAGUUAAUGCAACAAGAUUACUUAGAUACUAACAGCCCAAACAGUGAAAAGGAGGAACUUAUAAAGAGGAAAACACCUUAUAUUUUUAAAAGACAAACAUAUGUAAGCAAAGCAAGAAGACCCUACAUACUUAAAAGAGAAGCUUAUUACUGAAAUAUUUGACAUGAAAAUGGUGUAUGUAAUUUAUAAGUAAAUGUGAUUUAUGGUUAUUUUGUUUACAAUUAAAAAUAUAUUUGUGUGAUUAAUA